CGGAAAACAUAUUGGCGCCUUCCCUUGGCACCUCUUUCCGGGAACUGUUGGAGAGAGUUGCUUCUUCCUGCGUCCCAGGCUUCCCAGCGGCGCCCGUUGCCGGGGAACGCAGGCGCCGUGGGAAGGGAUGGCGGGAGCACACAGCUUAGGAGCUGGCACCUGUGUUGAGUUGGUCACGAAGGGCCCGGACUCGGCAUGAAACAACGGAAAGGCCAAGGGCCUGGGGGCGGCCGUGGGCGCAAGAAGAGAGGUUUGAGUGACGUUUCACCAUCCACAAGCCUGCCACCUCUGGUUGAAGGGCAGUUACGCUGCUUUCUCAAACUUACUAUUAAUAAAGUCGUCUGGAAGAUUGCGAAGCCUCCCACUUGUGUACUUGUCCGAGUAAGAUGGUGGGGAGAAACAUCAGAUGGCACCCUCUUUUGUCCCAGGGAUGCAUUGCAGACUGAACCAAAAGCUGUGAGAACGACUACCCGUUAUGCUAUCCGUUGUGGUCCAAAGCAGUUCACCUCGUAUCUAACAGAUAUGGCCGUGCUGGUGUUGGAAGUCAUCACCAAACUUGACCACCUUCCAGUUGGCAGAGUUCAGAUCAAUGGACUCGCCCAGCUGUCUCCCACCCAUCAAAUCAAUGGAUUCUUUACCAUUGUUUCACCGGCAUCUAAGAAACUUGGAGACCUUCAGGUCUCACUGGCCCUGGAGCCUCUGUCAGAAACUUACGACAGCUACAAGCCUCUUCCUACCACUGACAUGACAGAAAAUGUGCUUUUAUCUGAGCGAGGACUCAGAGAGAAUACUGAAUCCAGCAACACUCAGUCCAUGAUUCCAUCAAGGCCUUGUGGAACACCCACCAUCAAAACUGAUGGAAAAGAGUUAGCAGGCAACAGCAGUAGGUCCACCACACCAAGGGGGAAAGACCACUUGUACUUUGCAGAGAACCCCGAUGCAGUGAAGAGUUCUUUGUGUGGACUACAGCAUCACGUUAAUUCAGGGCCAGGUUUAGAGACUGUGUUGCAGAGAGGCACAGCCCCACAGAAGCAGAUGUCCCUCCUCAACAGUUCCAAGUUUCAGCCACAAAUAAGUGCAGUCGCUAAGAGUCACAGUGACUCAUGCAUCCUGUCUUCAAACAACCGUCCUACAAAAGACCUUCUUUCAGCUCUAUUAGAACAGGGCAAUAAACUGAGAAAUGCCAUGUUGAUUUCUGCAAUGAACUCGAGCCCAGAUACUAGCAUGCUGCUGGACAAAGUUCCUCCUCCUCUGAUGGAAGAUGCUUUCCAGUCAUCAGUGCCGAACUUGUCUAAGAAUCAAUUUAAAGACCACAGUGAUGACCACCUCCUCCCCCUGACUGAGAAUUUGUUUUGUAAAGAUGAUCCAAAAGCUGACGCCAGAGCCAUACAGCUGCUGUUAGGCAGUGCUGAAUUAUCCCAAGGUCACUUUUGGAAUGGAUUAGGCUCUCCUCCAGAUUCCCCAUCUCCUGGGAGUGAUGUGUAUUGCAGCAGUGACCCGAAUGACCCUCAGUAUGACCAGAGUCUCCUGGAGAACUUGUUUUACACAGCGCCUAAAUCUGAAGUCAGCGCCAGUGAGUGCCUCAGUGAAGAUGAUAGCAUGGAACCUUCUAAAACAAUGAACCAGUCGAAAGCCUCUGGCAGAUCUAAGGUUGUAGGGUCAGGCGAGCACAAGCUGAGGAAGAGGGCAGCUGACAAGAAAAGCAGAAGUGUGGUUGACGAACAAGUGCUCUCAAGAAUUCCAGUACAUACCCCGGCGACAUCACUAAGUGUGGACAGACUGGCGCUUCUGGGUAGAGUACAUUCAGUCAGAAUCAUCGUUGAAACCAUGGGAGUCCCUCCAGAUAGUCCACAUAUGACACCAAGCAGAAAAAGCUUUGCCGGGAAACCACCAAAGCCAGCAGCAGCAACAGCAGCAGCAAAAAAGCGCACUUUCUUUGUGGAGUAUCACUUUCCUGUGGGCUUUUCUAAAAGUGGACUGGCAAAGACAGCUUUGAUCACUGAGGUCGUGCGACUUGCCUCCAGUAAAAUCACAGAUGGAGUGGUGAAAUUCCAGCAGCGAUUUGUGUGUCCAAUAGAGUUUGGUGGCCCAAUGAUUGAGCACUGGUGGAAUUCUAACCUCACCUUCCAAAUUUAUGCAAAGAAAGCCCCACAGAAAAAGCCAGAAGUCAUUGGAUCUGCAUCCCUCCCUUUGCGUGCUGUCAUUCAGUCAGAGCUGCUUUCUUUCAGUAACCAGCUUCCAGUGCGACAGGAAGAUGGCUCGUCUUCACUUGGCCCCCUUAAGGUCACCAUGGAGCUUGUCUUAGGCAACAAGGAUUUCACUGGUGUCAGUGCUAAGUUAAGCAGCAGCACCCAACAUAUUCCACUUUCUGCUGCUCCAGGUCUAGAUACGAUACUACCAGAAACACUCCAGGAUACAACCUGUACCAAAAAUCCACAGAACUCAAAUCAAAUUCAUGAGGAAACUGCAAAGAAAACACAGAAUUUAGUGCUCCCCAACCCAAAGUCCACAAACCCUAUAGCCUCAGAUUCCUCAGGCUUCAUGACUGUGCCGAAUCACAGUUUAGUCCAUCAAACAAAUGGGUCAAGCAAAGACAAUGCUUUACUAUUACAUGUACUGUUGAUGGUGCCAGAUGGGAAAGGUUUUGUUUCUGGAGAGUCAGAGAAACCACCACCCUGCAACGUUUAUAUAAAGUGCAAGCUCUUCAGCACAGAGGAAGCCACAACGUCUGCCAUCUCGUGGGGCACAGCACAGCCUGUCUUUAAUUUUUCUCAGGUGAUUCCUGUCUCUCUGUCUUCCAAACACCUGGAAAGACUUAAGAACAAUGUGAUGAUCAUUGAAACUUGGAACAAGGUGCGGAGCCCAGGACAGGACAAGCUGCUCGGACUGGUGAAACUCCCCCUCCAUCAGUUUUACAUGUCAUUCAAAGACCCCAAGAUUUCUCGCCUGCUGCUUGAUGCCAGGUAUCCAGUUGUUGCUGUCGACAGCUAUAUGCCUGUGAUUGAUGUGUUCUCAGGCCACCAAAAUGGGAGUCUUCGAGUCUUUUUAGCCAUGGGUUCUUCAGAUCAGAUAAUGAUGCUGCAAAGAUUAAAGAAUGAAGAAGGAAUACUCCCUCCCUUCAGCCCUAGGCCAGCUCAUUUCCUGGACCAGCCACCUGUGGCAUCUGUUGCUUUGCCAGAAAACCAAGGAAACCGACUGAUGGAGCACCACUUUGAGUUCCAUGUGGUGAUGGUUAAAGGGCUUAUGCCCCUCCAGGCAACAGUCUGGGGAGAAGCAGAUUGUUACGUCCAGUACUACUUUCCAUUCCAAGACUCCCAACCCAGUGUGCUCCAAGGACCUGACUUCCUUGAAAAUGGAAUUACUCUGAAGCCCUUUAGAACUUCGACCACACUAUGUGUCCCAGAUCCCAUCUUUAAUAGCGAGCACCACCACUCCCUGCUGUUGCCAACGGACGUACCAGUGCAAAGGCUCCUGCUAAGUGCCUUCUCCUCCCAGGGGCUUGUGCCUGGAGGGGGAGUCCAGUUUGAAAUCUGGUGCAGAUACUAUUAUCCUAAUGUAAGGGACCAGAUGGUUGCCAAAGGAACCUUGCCAUUAUCAAGGGUCUGUGCCAUGGUAGCCAUGCAGCACCGUGAAGAUACAGGAAUGCAGAACUUUAAUCUCCCAUUAACCCCCAGACUUGAGAACAGUAGAGAAUUGAAGAACCAGUCAUCAGGUUUUCUGGAUGUGGGUUUGAGGUACCGGAGAAGCCCAAGAACAACAGAGGGAGUUCUUGCUGCCCGAGCUGUCUCCAUCUCAGUCCAGAUUAUCAGAGCCUGUGGUCUGCAGGCAGCAGCCAAGGCUUUGGCUGAGCAGGAACCCGCUCUACAGUUUAGUGCCACCGUAGGAGUCAAUACUUCUGUCACCACUCACCUCUCAUUCCUGCCCAAGGGGGAACAGCGCCGAACCCGCCCUGUGGCCUGUUCCUUCUGCCCCGAGUUCUCCCAUCACAUUGAGUUCCCCUGUAACCUGGUGACUCAGCACUGUAGUGGAGAAGCCUGUUUCCUGGCAGAGCUAUUGGAGUUUGCAGAAAUUAUUUUUGCCAUCUAUCAUGAAAAUACCAAGUCAGUCAGUGAUAUAGCCAGUAUCCACUCGUGCAAAGAUUAUCUGCUUGGAGUAGUAAAGGUUCCAACCAAAGACCUGCUGGUCAAGAGAUCAGGGAUCACAGGAUGGUAUCCUGUCAUUUUACCAGAAGAUGAAGGCCUGUCUCGGGACCUCGAGUUUAUGCAGAAGAUUGUAGGAGGCCUGGAGCUUUCUGUUUCCUUCACGCACCCUGGAGAUAGAGAGCGGGUGUUGGAGGCUGCUGAGCUCUUGGGCUGGACCUUUGACAGCAGCCUGAAGGAUCUUGUCAAGAUGGAAGAAGAGGUGCCAGCCACUGUCACCAUCUCCACCCCAAGACUCUGGCUCCCUCUCCACUGUGUGCUGCUCGCAGGCCACAGGAACAUUCAUAAGAAUACAUAUUGCUACCUUCGCUACAAGCUGUACAGUCAAGAAGCCUUUUGGACCCCUCUCAGGAAGCCUAAGGAAUCUACAAACAAAAACCAGGUCCUGGUUACUUUCAAGGCAUCCAAAAGAACAGAGGUCACUCGGAGCCAGUCACUGCUGUGGUACUUCAGAGAGGAGAAGUUAGAGAUCCAAGUGUGGCGAGCUUACGGCAAUGGCAGCUUAGAGAGGCCACACCAGACUGACAGCUGGAUUGGCUCAGCCUAUGUAGACCUGUCCAGACUCGGGGAAAAGUCACCAAGGACACUAACUGUCAGUGGUGUGUAUCCUCUGUUUGGAAGAAAUGCUCCCGACCUCUCUGGAGCUGCCUUGCGAGUUCACGUGGUUCUUUCCCCACACAGUGAGCCCACGCGUGAGCUGGACUCCAUGGACUGCAGCAGCCACAGUGAGUCCGAGCAGCUCCCCAGCAAGAAGGAUGAGCUCCAGCUCUCUCCACCCUGUGUCCUCCAGAAGUCUCCAGCCUCCACCCUGGUCUGCUGCCCCAGCACUGCAGCUGAAGUGUGCCCCACCCACGAGGGCCCUCCCGAGUUGGAUGGGACUUUUGCAGUCAGUAUCCUGGUAGAGAGAGCCAUGCACUUGAGCUUGAAAGGGAGCCCCUUGACAGAGCGGAAAGUGUCCGUACCCAGUAGCUGUGUGUCCUUUGCAACAGCCGCUGAGCCGUCUCCUGUAUACACCCAUGUGGUUGAGAACACCGAUUCACCCAUCUGGAAUUUUCAACAGCAGUCGAGGUUAUCAAAAGAGCUGCUUCUGGACCCACAUCAAACCCUGGUCUUUAAAGUGUGGCAUAAAGGAGAUGAGGAGAGGGUGAUUGGCUUUGCCUCGGUGGACCUCUCCCCACUACUGUCCGGCUUUCAGUUUAUCUGUGGCUGGUACAACAUUACAGACUUCAGUGGAGAGUGCCAAGGGCAGAUAAAAGUUGCUGUUUCCCCUCUGGAGAGUCUGAUGCACUUGAAAGAAGAAAGACAAGCCAGGCGAGGGACGGCAGCCCCAGGAUCCCUGGUACCAGUGUUCAGCCCCUUUUCCUUCCUUGCCUCUUCUGUAUGUGAUGCAUUCCCUGGGCCCGUGGCAAGGCACAUGCAAGGCCAGCUUGCUCACACUUCUCCAAAGGAGGCAGAUGUCUCCUCUCCUGCAAGAAAUGGAGUCAUAAGAAGCCAGGCAGCACGCCAUGAGGAGCAUGUGCAGAACAUCCGCCGGUUUCACGAGUCCCUACAGCACGGGGAGGCAGUCUUGGCAAGUGAUGAGAAAGUGACCACAGCGCCUUUGUCCUCCCACACCUCCAUUCUGACUUCUCUCAGGAAGAAUCUGAGUGAGCUAGAUGAGAUCCAGAAGUACUUCACCCAGAAGCUCAGCAGGCCUUUCCUGCCCUUCAGCUCUCACAGCUCUCCUGCUAUCUCAAAGAGCCAGGAGAGCCAGAGGGACUCAGUGGGCCCAGGAACCAGCAGCCGAGACCCCGAGAACCAGUGCAUCCUGGAGAAAUCCAGUAACCUGGUGCUGCAAGUCAGCUCCCUAAUCUCAGAUCUGCAGACUAUCACCAGAGACUCACAAGCAGCUUGGACUUCUCACCAAGCCAGGAGUAGAAGCAGAGCAGUCACCACCCUCCCAGAUGCUCAGGACACCGAGGCCAUGGGAGGACGAAGCACCACUCCAGCGGAGCCACUGGCAGGAGCUGGAGAGGCGAGCACAUAUUCCCUGCCUGCCCCUGUCCUUGAAGAGACUUCAGAGAGAGGAGUGCUCCAUGAGUCGGUGGAGCACAUAGAACCCAUCACGAGGGUGCAGAGCGGAGAAGACACUGAGGUGGACCCAGACCUCAGUGAUGAAGACUAUGAAGAAGACAUUAUUGAGCCCAGGACCCUAAAUGAAAUUACCACAAUGACAGACAAAACUAGCCCCUGGUCCAGUUUCAUGUCAGACAUAAGUGAGGUCUUCAGCCCUCAGCCCAAUGAGGGAAAAAGGGAAGGCCCCUCCUGUCCUCCAGGACCUUUCUUGAGAGAGGAGCUUAAGGUCAGAAGUAGCUUAUUGUCCAGCCCACAAAAGGCAGUCAAACCCCAAUCUGUAGAGGGCUCCCCUAACCAAAGUGUUGCCUGUGAGGGUGGAGCCUAUAAGACCAAGGUUGAAGAGUCUGCCUCAACCAAGCCUCGGCUUGUCCCAGGCCUAGCGUUCUCAGGAGCCCAAGAGAACAAUGAUUCUGUUGGAUGGAGCUCACCACAGAUCAGUCAGGACAAGAGGCCCAUGCCAGAGGCCCUGGCCGAGAGUGAAGCUUUCUCCAGUGAGUUCAGUGACUCUUCUGAGAGCUUUGAGAAGUUUCCUCCACACCUGCCCUCCCAGAGCAAAAGAGAAAACCACAAGGAACUACCCGUAGACUCCCCUGCUUCAAGGCAGAAGCAGGGAACCACUGGACCAGAGGUGUCCACGAGGCAGAACCUCCUCCCAGAACCGAUUGUGGUGCCCAACUUCUUUCUGCCUCCCCAGCAACUGGAGGCUUCUCUCCGCUUGAUCUCCUACUCUCCAGCUCUGCCACCACCAGCCACAGCUGACCAGGGGAGAAGAGCGGUAACUGAGGAGAGGAGGGAAAGACUCGCUGGCUCCUUCCAUGGGGAGCUUGCAGCUCCACAGCAGAGCCAGCUUUCUAGGUCCAAACUAGAUAGGAGCUGCCUAGACAAGAGUGAGACCACCAGGGGAGCCCUCGCCCAGAGGCCUUGUCGCCCCAGACCUAACUCCCUCCCUCCCAACUUUCCUGAGGAAGAGACUCGCAGGAUUGCACGGAUAUUUUCUUCCCAGUGUUCCCAGAAGCCUGAUGACGCCUGAGGGACUGAGGGAGGGGCUAACCAGCCAACUUCCCUCAGCUUUGUGCAGCUUGCAAGAGGCACCAGGUCUGUUUACCUGGGCAUCCUGAGGCCACCACCACCACCCAUGACAGCCUCCAUCCAUGGGUGUCUUGAGACCUAAUGAGCUAAGACUAGAUUAGGGAUGUCGGGAACCACUAGCUUCUGCCUACCAGGACCUCAGCUUCCUUCUGUAAUGAGACAAAGGCUGGAAAUAAAAUGGACUCCAGCACCCACGUGGCUCGCCAUCCAUCUUCUGACUGUGGGGCCUAAGGAGGCAUCUCUGAGCAGAGAAAUCAGUGUCCUUGACACAGCCUACCGCUGACCAGAGCCACCCUCUGCUGGAAUAGGACAGGCUAAUUUUGCUUUAAAUAUUGGAGGGAGCAGUAAGUGUAUACAGAGCUGAAAAAAUUCUAGGGCCCUGUUCAGCUCGUUUGUUUGGGAAUGAGGGUGUUUUAUAGAUAUAAAUUAUUUUUAUGAUUUAUUGAAUUAAUCAAUAGAACAGGGGGAUCACCUCCUUUAAACUGUAUUUGAUGUCUGAAACCUAACCAUGUUUUUAACUUAAUGUUUGUUUUUUACUCAGCUCUGAAAUACAUUGUUCUUGCCUUUGUUUUAAUAAAAGUCUGGUAUUUGUA